AUGAACUAUCUUAAAUUUUUUGCUCUAUUAUUAUUAAUUGUUACCUUAUCAUCUACUAUUGAAUGUAGAAAGAAGAAUGUUUACAAUUAUGGAAAAACUAAAAUGGAGUAUGGAAAUAGAAGGAUGACUGAAAUGAGUGUACAUGUUUCUGGUAAUUGUCAAACAAAUGGAGAAUGUCCUUUUGGAUAUACAUGUACUAAUCAAAUGUGUGUUAAACCAAUAGUAAAUGGAAAUCAACGUACCCGAAAUUUUGUACAAUGUAAUGAUUUAGAAAAAGAUUGCUAUAAAUUUCAAAGUUAUUGUCGUGAUUCUGCUUACAAUGAUGUAUUACGUGAACGUUGUAAACGUACUUGUGGUUUUUGUUCUCCAUCAUAA